AUGUCACACUCUCUAUUGCCAUCUAACAGUUUUUGCUAUCCUCUAGAAUUGCCCAGAUUACCCCCAAAUUUGUUGAAUUUAUAUAACACUGUGGAAAAUAAUAAUGCCGAUUUAGAAAAUAAAAAUAAUAAUUUUAACGAUAAAUUUGAGCUAUUUAAAAAGAAAUUGACUUUAGAUGAAAGAACAGGGGCUGCUAGCACUACCACCAGAUCAUGUGUUUUAAUACAUGGAGGAUUAACCACGGGUCUAAGUUUAUCAGAAGUUACCCUAUCCAAUAUACAGAAAGAAUGGUUAGACCAAUUAGCCAAAAGCUCUUUUGAUAAGAUUAACGCAACCAACAACACCACUUUCAAUCCAACAACAACAACAACAACAACAACAACAACAACAACAACAACAACAACAACAACAACCAAAACAACUGAUCCCAUCACCACCACAAAUAAUACACAAGAAAGCGAUAGUAAUAACAAAUAUUCUAUAUCUGAUUACAUUUCAAACGAACUAUUUUACCUAGAUUUAAUCUCUAGGAAAUGGGAGAGAAUAGAAACAUUUAUACUAAAUACAGAUAACGGCAGUUACCUAGAUUCCGGUCUAGCAUUUAGACCCAGGUUCUGCCACUCCAUUGCAACAAAUUACAACAAACUUUAUUGUUUUGGUGGAUUGGUUGUGUCACCGGAUAAUGACGCGGAAUUAAUCGCAAGCAAUGAAUUAUGGGAAUUGGACCUAAUAUCGAAAAAUUGGAGACUAUUGUGUGCUAAUCCUAGUAUUACCAGGAGAUAUAAUCACUCAAUGCACGUGAUUAAUAGCGCAGAUGAAUACGCGGAUACAAAGAUAGUUAUUGCUGGUGGUCUAGACAAUUUAGAUAACCAUAUUCACCAUGUAGAUAUUUUCAAUUUGAAAACGAACAGAUGGGAAACAACACUUACUGCCGGUAAGACUAAUUGUACUAACAGUAGUGAUGAGUUAUGUAUACUUUUGGAAAAUAAUACCAGUAAUAUUCCGACGCUAUUAUUCUAUAGGCACAAUACCAACAAUGGUACUAGCAGUGAAGCGGAACACACAUUAAAUAUAUUGCCUUUGAAAUUGGACGAAUAUAAAACCACCCGCUUGCUGCCUAUUCCUUUGGAUGAUAAAUUUGACGAAAAAUUCAACAAAAUGAACAGAAACUUAAAAUACCCAAAAGGUGGGAUCUUUGGGGCAAACAUGAUUAUAUCAGGUUACGCUGUAAAUAACAAGACUCAUGACUUGGAAUUUCAUUGUUUUGUAUAUAAUUUUACUUCGGGAAAAUGGAUUGAACUAAAUAUAAACUGUUUAGAUGGAGAUGGCUGCUGGACCCAUAGGUUUUGGAAUUGUUUCAUAUGGGAAUCACAUCAUAAAGCCAUAUUCUUAGGCUCUUCUGUUCACGAUGAAAAGUUCCCCAGCGUACAAAAAUUCGAUUCCUUGUUAAGUGUGGGAUUAACCGUAACCAGCGUUUUCCAUUGCGAAAAAAAUUUCCAAAAUGAUUUACAAAUGGCUGAACUGCUACCAACUAUGAAAACAAGUCUCAGUUAUUUUAAUAACUCCAAUACCAUUCUAAACGAUUUUCCAGCUUUAUCUCCCUCGCCCAGCAUCUUGAGCAUUAACAGCAUGGGUGUUAGGAAAAAAGAAGAUGUUAAUCAUUUUGAAAAAUAUGCACAAUACGUUACUCCACAGUCCGAUUUGACCUCUAUUAACUCUGUAUUACCGUCGUAUGCAAUGGCUUUGGGAAAGGAUAGCUUUAAUUCUUUUGGAAAAGAAAUUUCUGAUUUCGAAUUUAUUUCCGCUGACGGGAAAUCCACUUACACUUCUAUAUAUUUACUAAGAAAGAGAUGGGGUAGAUAUUUUGAUUCAUUGUUGGCUCAAGGAUAUACUGCUGUCUGUGAUGAAUUGGAAAAUUAUUUGAAUAGCAAUAAUAACAGCAAUUCUAAUACUGGCAGCUAUAUGAAUAGAGGGUCUAGUGAUACCGCUACCUCACUUUUGGGUCAUUCUAUUGCAUCGAGGCAGCGUAGUAGUUUGGGUUCGUUGUUUAAGGAAAAGUUUCAAAAUCCAGGGUUUAAUAUGAAUAAUAAUGUCUCUAGUAAUAAGAAAUGCGGUGUGGUACCAGCAUUCAGUAUUUCUUCUUCUCUUUCUGUACCAACUGCAAAUGCAGAUAUUGCGGGCGGAGUAGGCUCUACGAAUGUGUCCUCUUUUAAUAAUAAUAGUAAAUCGUCACAACAACAAAAACAACAACAACAACAACAACAACAACACUUUGCUCGUCGUCCAAGCAGCACCUCCUCAAUUGGAAGUGGAGAAAUGCAUCUUGCAAAAACUCCUACAACAACUUCAUCCUCCAGUGGUAUGAUUUUUAGAGUUCCUUUUAAAGACUCAAGCGCCACAACGACCACUACUGCCAAUUCUAUUGAUGAUAUUAAUUCAAACAAUAGCACAAUUGGGUCAAAGAAAAUAUUAACUUCUAUUGAUAACAACAAACUAUCUAAGACAUUUUCUGAGAGCAGAAGGCCGUCAUGCACAAAUAUAUCACCUUAUAGCUCUAGAAAUUGUUCUGUUUCCUCUCAAACAUCCCAUACGUCUGCUAGUUUAUUACCACCAGCAUCACAGCAGCAGCAGCAACAACAAGUUUCUUCUUCUAACUCCGCGCCAGCUUCUUUACUUCCUUUUUCCUCUUCUCCAAGUAAUAUCAAUACCAAUACCAAAAGCAGAAACAAUUCUAUCGUAUCAGUCACUUUUAAUUCCAGUAAACUACCACCAACAACACCUGCACCAUCUGACUUACCACCUCCACCAACCCCACAACCUUCAACCAGCUCCCCAUGUAAUCUCAAUUCUUUGUUAUACCAUCACAAUCAUCACAAUCAUCACAAUCACCAUCAUCAACAACUGCCGCAGUAUUCCCUAAGGGAUCGUAGGCGAUCUAGCCUACAAAGUAUUGACUUGGUUUUCGAUAAUUCUGCAAGAAAUUCCCCAUUCAGUUCAAGAAGAUCAUCUGUUGGCCCAAAAGAAAAAUCACCUAGUGUUUGUUCUUUUGAUUUACCCUAUAUUGGCACUCAUAAUAAUGGAGGUAAUAAUACUACUAUAAAUACUGACAAUACCAGUACGACUACCAAUAAUAGUAAUAACAAUAUUGGUAGUAGUGGUGGUGGUGAUAGUAAUAUUAGCGGCGGUGUUGCUAACAACAGCGAUUCUAUGAACAUCAAUGUUUCCAAAACUAUAAAUAAUAAUAAUAAUAAUAAUAAUAAUAAUAAUAACUUUGGUACAGAUAAUAAUGUAAUUUCUCCUUCAACUGCUAAUAAUGCUAAUAAUACAAUUCAUUCAUGUCAACAACAAAAGGACUUUUCUUUUCAAUCUAACGCCAUAAACUCUGCAAAUGGUAAUAUAUCUUUGGCUCAACAUAAAUUACAAAGUUUAAAUAACAGUAUUGUCGGUAAUGGAGACGAGUUCACAAGAACACCUUCCACAUCGACUAUAGAUAGUGGCAUAAGUAACGCUUCUUCAGCCGUUAAUGAACUAGAGCCUUUAAUGAUUCCAAGAAUGUUGUAUAUGCCAUGGAGUCACGAUUCCAUCAAUGCCUUUACGGAAUUUUUUUAUACGGGACAAAUUAAUAAAAAGUGGCCCUUGUAUCCUGUGGCUUUGGACGUUUUCAUUAUGUCAAAAGUGUAUGAAGUCCCAUUACUAUAUGACUUAAUGACUGAAAUCAUUUAUUCUAUCAUUAGUAAAAAAGAGGAGAUGUUGCUAGGCAUAUGUACAUCCUUAAAGAAAUUAUAUUUAAGUUAUGUGAAUAGUUUUUUUCUAGAAUCAGACACAGAAAAAUUUGAAUAUCUAAAUAAGAAUGCUGACUAUCAAAAUUUUUUGAAAAUCGAAAAAUCCUUGUUGAAUAUUGACGACGGCUAUUUUGAUUAUGAGUUAUUGAAAAAAGCUUCUAGAGCAGUUUCUAUAAGUACUGAUAAUAGUGACGAUUCCAAGCAUUCUGUUUUAAAUGAUCACACAAGUGGUAAUACUGGCAAAGAUGACGAUACUUUUACAAAUAAUCUAAUUACCAGGAAAAAUUCUGAGUGGAAAUCUUUUUCUGAUGGUCCAAGGAAACCUUCGUUUCCUAACGAAAGUGGAAUUUCUCCUAAAUCUAGUAUAGUUGCGGCAAAUACGAAUUUGACCCAAUUAUCCAAUUUAAAAAUGACUGCUUUGAAAAACUCGAACAAAGGCAAAUCAAAACAAGGUAGCAUUGUUAGCAGUAGUGGCAGCAUUGACAAACAACUGCCACAGCCAGCUUCUUUUACGGAAGCCUAUUUACCGUCAGCAAAUGCAGAUAAUGACAAUACUAAUGAAAAAGAUCGUGAGCAGGGUAAGAAUGAAGAAUUACCAACCCCUUCACCGGCUAUUACAGCCGGUAUGGCAAAAUCACCGAUGCCUGAGAUCGCUGAAAGAUCAAAUUCUUCAAAUUCUUCUACUUCUUCUAGCUCAGAUGAUUCGUCGGAUGAAACAUGCAAUAAAGGUAGUAAAUAUGGUUUUGGUUUAAUUUCUUACGAGAAAGCCGCCAAGAAAGUAGAAAAACAGUAUCUGGAGGAUUAUGUGGAUCCAUUACCACAAUCGAUAUCAAACACUACGAGGCCUGCAGCUAACACAUUUUCAAAACAGCCGCUUAGAAAUGAUGGCGGUUCGAACAAAAACAUUGGAGAUGCCAAUUUAAAGCCAGAUUCUCACACAUACCAUUCAUUGUCUGAAUUUUUAAAAUUGAAGCCAAGCUCAGUUGCAAAUACUUCUUUUAAAAGAGAGAAUUCAGUGAGCUCUAGAUUGUCAACUUUGAAUAACUUAGGUGCUGCUACUCCUGCUAAUAGUACAGCCUCUAUCUCAACAGCAGACAGUGUCGGUAAGACUUUUAGCGGGAUAAGAAAAAAUAGCAAAACACCCACUCUAGAAAUGUUAGCAGCGCCAGGAGCAGUAGCCCCAGUAGAUUAUAUUAUGGAAUUAAUUUAUAACAGUACUGUAUCUUUGUACGACGUUGUUUUAAUGAUCAGAUGCAGGAAUUGUAUUGAAAUUUCCAAAGCUUUAAAACAAAUUCGUCUCAAACUGAAUCAUGAGAUUAUAUUAUUUGAUACCAAAAAUAAGAGUAGACAUGGGUCUGCCAAUAUCACUACUCCGCUGCCUUCUCCAAGAUCUGAUAAGAAAUUUUCUGUUCAUGGUGAUGACAUUAGUAGAAACAAUGCUCCUAAAACAGUUAUUCUUGAUGUCACUAAUUUCAAAGAUGGAGAAAACGCUUCUAAAAAUACUGACAACAAAAGUAUGGUCUCAUCGUCAAGGAAUGCGUUGCACAAGUCUCAAAAAAAUAGUAAUUCUUAUAGAUCAACAAGCACUUAUUCAAAUGACACCCCUCAACGUUUAAGUACUUCAAUACCUGACUCGAAUUUACAUCAAACCAGUAAUGUUAGUAAACCUUUAAGGAAAGGAAAUAGCAGUGAUAAUAUAAAUACGCAACAUUCCAGUAGCAAAAAAAGUAUUCUUAACAAAUCAUCUACUUUUACUAGCGGCGUCACUUCUGGACUGUUUGGACCUUCAUACACGCCCUAUUCUAUUCCCAUUCAUCAACUGUCCAAACCAAAGACUAAAAGAGAAACACCAUCCUUUGCCUCUCUAUUUGGUAAGAAAAAGUCUAGACAAUCUGAAAAUAAUUAA